AUGUUACAUCGUGCGGGUAAACAAUCACGUACAAUUCAUACUAUGAGUCAAAUAAGUCCAAAAUUAGCAAAAAUAAAACAUAGUGUGAAAUCAAUUUCAGGUGAAGAUGGACAGGGAAAAUCACCAGUAGAAGAUCGUCGAGAAGUACAAAUGCCGAUAUUACGUCAAUAUAUUGAAGAAUUAAUACGUGAAACACCAGCAGAUCUUUUAUCACGGUUAACUUUUUUCUAUUCAUUUUUAACUAGCAUUUUAUUUUGGUUUUGUAUAUUUAGUGAACUCUGGUGUAGUUGUCCAAGUAUAAUUCAUAUUGAUUACAAUAUUUGUUUUGAAAAAGGUAAAAAAUUACGUGUAGCAGAAAAGGUUCCAUAUCGUUUAACACAAAAUUUACAAAAUGUACUUGGUAUUGCUGGACUUAAAGAUGUAGAUUAUAAUGAAAAUACAAAUUAUCGUAAUAUACUUAUACUUAUGUCAUUUGAUCGAUGGCAACAUUGUCGUCAAAUGAGUGAUCUCUUAUUAGUAAUACUGCUUAUUUUACUUCAAUUAUUCAACAAAAUAAUAUAA